CUUACUGCUGUCUGUCGUUGUUUUAUUAAAAGCUCAUUGGUUGGCGCGCUGUGUGGGUGGGUGUUUUUAAAUCCCGCCUUCCCAUUGGCUCAACUUACUGUCAAUCAGCAAUCCUUGCCGUCCCAUUGGCUGGCGUUUGGCGGGAGAGGGAAGUUUGCUCUGUCCCUCUCUCCCCGAAUCCCGAUCCCCAUCCCUGGUUCCCGUUCCCGGUCCCCGAUCCCGAUCCCCGGUUCCCGAUCCCCGGUUCCCGAUCCCCGAUCCCCGAUCCCGCGGCCAUGGAGCGGCAGCAGGAGCUGAAGGUGCUGCUGAAGCGCUGGGAAGCGGAAUUUCUCCGGGAACGGCAGCGGAAACCCAGCCAGGCCGACAUCGAGGAGGCUCCAGAGGAAACCCGGAAUCUCUACAAGGAGUACAAGAUGCUGAAACAGCAGGGAAAAACAUCGGAUUCCUUGGGAAAAACGGGAUCCCAGGAAAUCCCAAAUGUGGAGCAGGUGGAGGAUUCAGGAUUUUGGGGCUCCCACCUGAACCGGGCACCGAAAAUUCCCGGGAAAAGCCAGAGCAGGAGCGCCAGGCCGGGAAUUUCGGCAGAAUUUUAUGGGAUGAAGCUCAAAGCCAAACUGGGAACGACUGGGAAGGAGCCUCCUCUGACCCCUCGGAGGACCCCAAAUCCCAGAAGAAUCCCAAAAAUUCCCCAAUCCCAAAAAAACCCGGAGUGCGGAGCCGAAGCUUCACCAGCAGAGCCGUCACAGAAUGAAGGAAAAUCUGAAAAUCCCAAAAAAUCCGGAGAUUCCGAGGAAUUUGAAGACCUCGUCCUUCCUCCCUUGGUGCCGGGAUUGGGUCCCCUCAAGCUCCCAACGGGAAUAAAUCCCCAUUUUCCUUCCAUUCCCGAAAAAUUCCAGCAGCUGAAGCAGAGGGUGGCCCAAACUUUGGGAUCGCUGGAUCCCGGCUGGAUCCAGAGGUGCCAGGAAUCCCCUAAAAAACGGGAAUUCCCAGCGGGAUCCAUGAUGGAAAAAGAGGAAAUCCAGCCUGAAUCCAUUGGGAAUUCCGUGAGGAAAAGGCCCCGGGAAGGUGGAGGCGCCCCAGAGGCUCCGGCCAAGCUCCGGAGGGGCCUCCAAGGAUCUGAUCCAGGAAUUUUUGGGAUGAGGCAAAUCCAGAAGGAAAAUGAGGAUGAAGGAGAGGGGCCGGAAUCCCAAAAUGGAGCUGGGAAGGCACCGGAUCGCUUGGAAAAAAUCCUGGAAGAGGAGGAAAAGGAGGAAAAACCCAAACCCACGCGCAGAACCCGAGUCCAGCCCCGGAAUGGUGGGAAUUUCGUCCUCCUCAACCUGAAGAGAAAAACGUAUUCGCGCGGAAACCUGAGGGGAAAAUUCCUUCGGAAACGGGUAAAACCUUCCCAAUUUUUUUUUUUUUUUUGGGAAUCCCCAGCCUUUCCCCCGCUGGAAUUCCUGGCUUUGGAAUUUUUUUUCCCACAGAUUUGGAAACAGAAAUGGAGGAAAAAGUUCGGGGCCGGAUCCGAUCUUUGCUUCCGGUGUGGCGGGAAAGGCCACUGGGCCUCAGAAUGCCCAGGUCAGGCCAGGGUUUUUUUGGGAUUUCUGAGGGGAUUUUUUGGGAUAAAACAGUGGGAAAAGGGUGAGGGGGAUUCUUUUCCAUGGAUUUUAGAGGGAAUUGCCCAUUUUGUGUGUGCAGGAAAGGAUUUGGGAUCAUUCCAGGAGGAAAUUCCUGAGGAGGAGGAGGAAGCACUUCCCACUCUGGAAGAAGUGGCCCGAAGGACCAACGGCGUUUUUAUGCCGGAGAUUCCCGAUGGCGGCUCCAGUGCAGAAAAUUCCCAAAUCACCCCAAAUUCCCAGGAUUUCCUUCAGCCGGAAUUCUCCCCCCCAUCCCCUCCUCCACCCCCUGUGGAUCCCCUUUACCCCCCAAACCCUGACGGGACAAUCCCAGGUAAAUCCCAGAGCAAACCCAUGGAAAAAUCACAGAAUAAAAAACAUGGAAAAAAAAAUCCACAUUCCCACCUCCUGAAUCCCACAGAUCCUCCGGAAGAAGUCCUGGAAGCUCUGAGAAUUUUGGGAUACGAUUCCUUCCGGCCCGGCCAGGCCGAAGCCAUCAUGAGGGUCCUUUCCGGAAUCUCCACGCUGGUGGUGUUAUCCACAGGGAUGGGCAAAUCCCUGUGCUACCAACUUCCUGCUUUUCUCUACCACCGACAUUCCGGCAGCGUCUCCCUGGUCAUUUCCCCUCUCGUAUCCCUCAUGGACGAUCAGGUUUCUGGCCUCCCCUCAGCCCUCAAAGCCGUCUGCAUCCAUUCCAACCUCUCCCAAUCCCAGCGGGAAGCAGCCAUGGAAAAAGUGAGUAAAAUUCCCCGUUUUCCACCUUUAGGAUUGCAGAAAUCCGGGAUAAUCCAAAUUUUCCACCAGGUCAGGAGCGGCAAAGCCCAAAUCCUGCUGCUUUCCCCGGAAUCUCUGGUGGGAUCGGGAUCUUUUUCCCCUUUUUUCCGGGAUUUCCCUCCCGUGGCUUUCGCCUGCCUGGAUGAGGCUCACUGCGUCUCCCAAUGGUCCCACAACUUCCGGCCCGCUUACCUCCGGAUCUGCAAGGUUCUCCGGGAGCGCUUUGGGGUCCGAUGCUUCCUGGGCCUCACGGCCACGGCCACGGCGGCCACGGCUCGGGACGUGGCCCAACAUUUGGGAAUUCCUCCGGAAAACGGGAUCGGGAUCCGCGCCGCCGGAAUUCCCGAAAACCUGCGGCUCUCCGUGUCCAUGGAUUCCGACCGGGAUCAGGCGCUGCUGCGGCUGCUCCGAGGGCGGAAUUUCGGCUCCGCGGAUUCCGCCAUCGUUUACUGCACGCGCCGGGAGGAGAGCGAGCGGCUGGCGGCGCUGAUCCGCCGGGAAUUCCCGGGAAUUCCGCCCCCACAACACCCGGAAAACACCGGGAAAAAACAAAGGAAAGGGAAAAAUCAGGAAUUUUGGGUCUCGGCCGCGUACCACGCUGGGUUGGCACCCCGGGAACGGCGGAAAAUCCAACGGGAUUUCAUGGAAAACCGGAUCCAGAUCCUUUGUGCCACGAUUUCCUUCGGGAUGGGGUUGGAUAAAUCCGAUAUCCGGGGAAUUGUUCAUUACAACAUUCCCGGGAAUCUGGAGAGCUACGUGCAGGAAAUCGGGAGAGCCGGAAGGGACGGAAAUCCCGCCCGGUGCCACCUGUUCCUGGAGCCACAGGGUCAGGAUCUCCUGGAAUUACGCCGCCACAUCCAUGAGAAUUCCGUGGAUUUUUUGGCUGUCAAGAUCUUGAUCCAAAGGGUUUUUGCUCCUUGUAAAUGCCUGGAAAUCCAUGGAAAAAACCAGGAAAACUCCAAGGAAACCCCGGAAUUCCCAAAAAAUCCCCGGAUCUGCCGCGGCCACGAGCGCUGCAUCCCCAUCCAGGAAUUGGUGGAAACCUUGGAUCUUCGGGAAGAAGGGAUCGAGACCCUCCUGUGCCUCCUGGAGCUCCAUCCCAAGAAAUUCCUGGAGCUUUUCCCCUCGGUCCGUUCCCGCUGCCGGAUCCGAUUUCCCGGGAAUUCCACGGCGGCGCUCCGGGAAGCGGCGCGGGGGUGCCCCCCCUUGGGAUUUCUCCUGGCUCAGGAUCCCUCUGGAAGUUUGGGAAUUUCGGGAUGCCUGGAAUUCGACGCCGUGGCCCUGAGUGAUUCCAUGGGCUGGGAAUUCCGGAGGCUCCGCCAGAGCCUCAGGAGGAUCCCCUGGGAAUCCCGGAAAGCAGGAAAAAACUCCGGGAUCCAGGUGGAAUUCCAGGAAUUCUCCUUCUUCUUCCGAGCCUACGGAGACCUGGAUUCCCGGGAAUUGGAUUCCGUCUGUGAAUUCCUGCAUUCCCGAGUGCUCUCCCGGGAAAAGUCGGAGCUGCGGCGGCUCCAGCGCUGCUUCCGGGCCUUCCAGAGAGGGAUCCGACGGAAUCCGAGGAGGAGGAGGAGGAAAAAAAUCCGGGAAUUCCCGCGGACCAGGAAGAAGAAAUCCGAGCCGAGAUCCGGAAAUUCCUGGCGGCGUAUCCGGAGGAGGAAUUUUCGGGAAGAGCCGUGGCCAGGAUUUUCCAUGGAAUUGGCUCUCCCCGCUUCCCAGCCCAGAUUUUCGGGCGGGAUCGGCGCUUCUGGAGGAGGCUCCUCCCGCUGGAAUUCCGGAGCCUUUCCCGCUUGGCUUCCCAGGAAAUCCUGGCCUCCAGGUGAGGGAAAAACCGGGAAAAACCUCUGGAAAACCUCUGGAAAACCUCGGGAAAACCUCUGGAAAACCUCGGGAAUUUCAGCGAUUUUAUCGGGAUUUUAUUGGGAUUUUAUUUCUGGAAUUAAUAAAGGAACGGGAAAAAUCCCUGGGAUUGGAGCUUGGAGUUGUUUUCCUUAAAAAAAAAUGGGAAAGAUCCUGAAAAAAUGGGGAAAAU